AUGAUGAAGUCGGAGAAGCUAGCAUUUUGGAGCUUCAUCCGGCUCAUGCUACAUUGGUUUUUGAAGCUAAUGCCGUAGAAGCCCUACCAAAAUGCCAGCAAAUUUAGGAUUGAAUUUUUUGAAAGAAAUUACAGUGAUUUUGUCCGGCUUCCAAACAGGACCGGGGGCAGUUGUAGUACUCAUGCGAGCCCUACCGAAGCCCAGGCUGCAAAGGCCCAGCACAGUCAGCAAUUUAGCAUCCACUCCCCUCCACUCCGCACGAACGAACGCAGAUGGGCCUCAGCCCCUCGAAGCGCGUGGACGCCGCGCUGCGCCGCGCGCCGGCGUUCGCCGCCGCCUGCGACGCCGCCUUCGACCGGUGCCUCGCCGUCGCGCAGCGCCGCUUCCCGGGCGUCCGCCGGUACCAGCUCGCUGACGCCGCCGCGCACCUCCACUCGGAGCUCAGCGCGUCCGUCCCGCUGGUCCGGCGCUGGGUGCCCUCGCCGCCGCCCCGCGCCCGAGUCGACGCCGCGCUCCGCGCCGCUGGGCUAGAGGACGAGGCAGAGCUCUCGCGGCUCCAGUUCCGGGAGUUUGCCGUCGAGCUGUUCAGGGAGGCCGUGCUGGCCGGAGCUGCGGACCUCCUCCGCGCCCCAGCAGCCGCGGCCGGGGUCGUCGGGAUAGGCAUGGUGGCUCGCGUCGCUCCCCCGGUGGUCGGGAGGGUCGUCACCGUCUGCGCCGCCGGCGUGGCCACCGCGGUUUACCUCAGCCUGGGCUAGUUUUUUCUGAGUGUUCCCCAAAUUCUAGAGAACCUGUACAAACCACUUCCACAGCUCUGCUGUGUUGUAAAUUGAACCUGAAUUCAGCGGCAGUUGUUGCAGUAAUGCAUUUUAUGAUCGGACUCAGCUCAAAUGCCAUUGAAUAGGCUGUGCAAUUGUUUCCCUGGUAGAAUUGACAUGGAAUCUCGGUUCACCAAUGUUUCUCUGACAAAUCACAUUCUUGGAAGCAUCGAGUAUUUCAACUAUAUGUUAUCUAUUAUCUGAUUUAUCUUCU